AUGGAUGAAAACCAGAGAAAUCAUGAUAGUAGAGCUCCAAUCAACACACAAGCUCCGAAAGGAGUUCAGAGGAAAGCAAGAGAAAUAGGAGUGGUUAACCCAGGUGUUCUGGUGGCGUGUGUAAGCCAAUCCGGAGAUGGAAGCAGUGGUAUGCCCUAUGUCACACAACCACCAACCAGUACAAAUCAAGAAGCUUUGGAAAAUGAGCUGACGCAAUAA